AUGAUUGCUGAUCAGAUAAAGCUAAAAAUAAGCUGGCGUGCGUGUGUGAAUGGAUGUAUGGAUAGAUGUAUGGGUGGAUGGAUUGAUAUGUGGACGAAUGGGUGGAGUGUUUAUGGUUGGAUGGAUGGAAUGAACAUGAAUGAGUGGGUGGAAGGAAGGAAGGAAGAAAGGGAGGAGAAAGAAAGAAUUAAAGAACGAAAGGGAACAACUAGGCAGUUCGGACCUUUAUCAUUUUCGCUGAAGACUCAAGAAAUUGAAAUGGAAAUUAACAAUUCAGAUAACACGACAGCACUUAUGUCACACAAUGUGACGGAAGGUACCCCGAUGGUUCGAGAGGUGGAUUUUAAUUGGGUUGAUAUCUGUAAAUCCGCUAUGGGAAUCAUAGGUGCCAUUGGAAACGCAAUCGUUAUCAUCAUCGUUUUAAGAACCAAGAAAUUACAGAGUAUAACAAACACAUGUAUUGUCAGUCUCGCGGUUGCUGAUCUUUUCACGUCCGUUCUUAUUAUUCCAUAUCCACUAGUGCACAUUCCAUCGGGAUUUGUUGGGGAACUUGUCUGUCGAUUUUAUGUUUCGGGAUUUCUACUAUGGAUGAAUUUUGACGCCUCUGUAUUCAACCUUAUGGUCGUCACCGCCGAGAGAUAUUUUGCAGUCGUCCACCCGAUAAAACAUAAAAUCCAUUUCACGAAGAAGAUGAUGCAAGUACUGAUUAUUGGUGUAUGGGCUUUAUCGGUCGUUACGCAUAGCUUUUGUCUAUAUAUCUGGCAAUAUGAUCGCGAAGAGGGUGGCUGCAAACUGGAUUGGCCGGGAUCAUUGGCAUUUCAAGCAUUUGUGGGAGCACAAAUGUCGACACGAGAAGCCAUCAUAUCUACGGAUGCAGCAAGCACAGUGAAAGCACAAAUAACAACAGAGCAAACAACGCACUUUCAAGAAACCCAAGAAACUAUUACAUCUACAGACGCUGCAAGUACAGUUGAUGUACGGGCGACAACAGAACCAACGACAACCAUCCAAGAUGUAGCGGCGACGUCAUUGACAAUAACUACUCCCUCGCCAGGUACAGCCUACAUCGUCAACACAGAGACUCAAUUAACUGCAAUAAUAGGACUAAGUUCAACAAAUGGCGGGGUUGAAGUCACUAGUGUCAAAGGCUACUUUGCAGAUCCGACGUCUUCAACAAUAUCAAAUAUAGUCGAUGCUACUGGCGCAUCUUCAGCAGCUGCAGGUGCUACUGAAAUCACUGAUACAACGAUUUCCCUAACAUUGGAUGCAGGACACUGUGCGAAUUAUUCAAGAGUAUGUAUUGUACUGCAGACUGAUCCAAGUCCGGAUGGUGAUACAAGCAACAACGAAGCCUGCACAGAUAUUACAACAAUAUGUACAGAUGUGGCGGCUACCUCAUUGGUAAUAACUACACCUGCUUCUGGUACAGCUUACAUCGUUAACAGAGAGAUUCAAAUAUUUGUAAUAAUAGAACUACAUCAAAAAAAUGGCGGAGCUGAAGUCACUGGUGUUCAAGGUUAUUUUGCAGAUAUGACUUCUUCAAAACUGUCAACUAUGGUAGAUGCCACUGGCCCAUAUCCAGUGGCUGCAGGCGAAACAAAAAUCAGUAGUACAAAGUUUACCCUAAGUUUGGAUGCAAUACAAUGUGCAAGUUAUUCAAGGGUAUGUAUUGCACUUCAGAUUGAUCCAAGCACAGAUGAUGAUACAAGCAACAAUGAAGCCUGCACAGAUAUUACAACAAUAUGUACAGAUUGUGAUGCAUUUGGCAGAGAAAGUGGUGUUUAUCAAAUACAACCUACUGGGGUAUCGCAACCAUUGGAAGUUUGGUGUGAUAUUACAGACUCAGAUGUAUGGACUGUCAUACAACAUAGGCAAGAUGGAUCUUUUAACUUUGAUGUAGAAUGGGAAGAGUAUAAACAUGGAUUUGGAAACAUCGACGGUGAAUACUGGAUAGGUAAUGACAACAUAUAUCAUUUGACUAACCAGUCGUCAUACAAGUUGAGAAUAGACUUAGAAAAGUUUGAUGGUGAAACUGCAUAUGCCGAGUAUGAAGUAUUCUGGAUUGACGAUGAAAACAAUAACUAUGCAUUACAUUGCGAAGGAUAUGCAGGUACAGCUGGCGAUGGAAUGAUGUAUCACAAUGGACAACAAUUCUCAACCCCUGAUAUAGACAAUGACAAUGACGGCAGUCACUGUGCGAGUGAAAUGCAUGGUGGAUGGUGGUUCGAUACUUGCGAGGAACUUCAUUAUCUGAAUGGGAUAUACUAUCAACAACAGGAAGCCCAUCUUGAUGGCAUCGUAUGGUUUACAUGGAAUGACAUGAAAACCUUAAAAUCAUCCACAAUAAAAAUACAGAAUAUUUCUUAA